UCCCCAUUGGAUUGCUAAAGUUUCAAUCUUUCUUCUUCACUCUUCAUUCAAAGCAAUGUUGUUUAUUAUCAUCCUCCAUUGUUGUUUAACUUAAAGGAAGAAAAUUUUGGGGAAAAAUUAAAACAUCGAAAAAUGCAGGACGAUGUCAUUGAUGUAUCCCUCAAUACAAAGAAUGUCUUCUUGUCAGCUCUUCAUUUCGCCAUGUCCAUUGAUACACUAAAGAACUCUCCUGAGCUUGUUGAUGAGCUGAAAACAUCAGCUCAAGAACAAGUGGAGUUUAUGUUAUCUGAAGACGAAGAGGUACGGUUACUGAUUUCCGAAGAGGAAGUGAAAUCCGUUGUGAGAUUAGGUAUCUCAAAUGUUAUAUCGAUGUUAUUGGAUAGAUUAUCAUCAUUGCUUGUGAUUCUUCCUGAAUGUACUGAGUUUAGUGUUCUUAAGACAUUAUAUGAUAUUGAGUGGUUGUGUAAAGUAUUGCCAAGGAUGGAGUUGAUGAAAGAUCUUGUCGUUAAGUGGACCGAUGCAUCGAGUGAGAUUCUUGUGAUUGCUCAGAAGUGUGAGUUGGAUUCUAGGAUAUUGGGUGUGAAGGUUAAGCUAGUUGAGGUUACAGGGAAGAUUUUAGAAGCGGUAGGUUAUGGAAUUGUGAUUGUUCCUUCUAAAAGCAGGACUUGUCUUUUGAAGAUAUGGUUGCCUUUCAUAAGGAGAUUAAAGACUUUGGUUGAUGCAGAGGGAUGUGAGUAUGAGUAUAGAAUGGAUGAAGAUCUUUGUGAAUUUAUAGAAGGAUCUAUGGUGUCUUUGGUUUUGACAUUGCCUUCAAAUGACCAAGCAGAAGUGUUUGGUGAAUGGAUGAGAGGUAUUGGGUUGGAAGGUGUGAAGUUUCCGGAUUUAAGUGAAGCGUUUGAGGUUUGGUGUUAUAGAAGUAAGUCUGCAAAGAGAAGAUUGGUGGAAAGAUGUGAUAGACUUGCAAUUGUAAAUCUUGACCAUUGAAUGGUGUAUAUCAGUUUCGAGAUUCGGUAAACUUUAAAUGAAGAUGUAGCUAAGCAAUUUGAAGUUCCAGGCUUUUCUUCUUCCUACAAGCUGGUCUGCUUAUUUUCGAAGGUCGAAUGAAGAUGGAUAAUAGCUUUGUUCAAUUCACAGUUCACUCACAAUGCCUUAAGAGUGGACCCCAAGCGAGGUAACCCGAUAAUUUCAGGCGUAUUUGCUGCUUCGUUGUAAUGCUAGAUUGUAUUAGGAGUGACAUAAAGCUUCUGAUUCUUGUAACUUUGAUCCUGAUUAAAUGAUAUAAAUGGUGCGGUCUAUGUUUAAGCUAAUAAGUAAAAGGACCAAACUUUUGUUGAUACGUUGACAACCCCAUUGGUUGUGAAUUGAGAAAGAGAAAUCAGUUUGGCCUAAGAAGAUUAAGCAAUGUACAACUAUUCUUCUUGCUUUGAUUUGAACCGUAACAAAAGUAUUAUAAUUUUCAUACAAAAAGAGAAAAGUCAUUCAACAAUGCAUGGACCCAAUCAAGAUUUCUUUGCGGCAGAAAAACAUGGAAGCUGAAUGAAUAAUUUGAUACCUCUUUUCAAAAGCAAACACCUCCUUGCACAUGUACUUUGUUGAGUACCCAAAAAGAGAUAAAUUAUAAAACGCCAUUUAUCAGGUUUUAUGGAAACCAUCAUGCCAAGUUUUUGGACACAAAACCACAAAUUUCAGGAAGAAAGAUUGAGAAAGGUCAUUGGUAAACUAAUAUGACAAAAUCAAUACAUAAACACACAACAGUUUCAGAAACUUUUGUUUUCCCCAACACCUAUAGAUGACAUCAUAUCCCAAAAUUGCAGCUUCACUAAAACUUGGCACAUAUAGAGAUGGAGAAAAGGAGAGAAACAAAAACAAGAAGAAAAACCUAAUGUAGUCCUCAGAGUCAUUAUUGUGCUUCAACAUAGCAACUUCAAACUGCUUUAGCAAUUGGAACGAUGAGUGUAAAAUCUCAUUGCAACUCAUCAUUGGAC